AUGGCCGCCAAAAGGAUGAAUUUCCCUCGUCUUCUCCGGCCUAGCGGUGAUGAAGUGACGCUUUUAUGGAGUGGCCUAGGAGACUCUAGGCGGCUGAAGAUCCCCGCUCGUCAGACGGGAUACAAGACAAGCGUCAGCUCUAUUGAUCCUGCUUGUCCGGCAGCAGAAAGUCUUUCACAACACUUUCCAAAUCCUCAAUCCUGUCUAUCGCGUUUCAUCAAGAAGAUUUCUGUUGCCUUUGUAGUGAUGGUGGCCGUCGGAGCCUCCGCGACACAAGGUCGUAGAUGUUGUAACGAUCUUGCGGCCCAGGACUCGCUGCGCGACAAGGUAUUUAUGCCUGGAAGCACCGUCUAUGACGCCCAGCUCAAAUCCUACUACUCCGCCAAUGCUGCCCAGCACGCCUGGUGCAUGGUUUUGCCCGCGUCGACUGCCGAUGUGCAGGCGAUUGCACGUACCAUCAACCGGCAUCAGUGCCCGUUUGGUAUCCGCGCGGGCGGCCACUCGACCUGGAAGGGGUCCAAUGGCGUCAAGAAUGGCGUUACCGUCGACCUGAGCCACAUGAAUACGACAACCUAUGAUGAAGAGAAGGGCAUCGCCUCGACACAGCCCGGCGCGCGAUGGGGUACCGUCUACGAGGCUCUCAAUCCGCACAACGUCAGUGUGGUUGGCGCGCGCACGUCUGUCGUCGGCGUGGGCGGCUUCACCACUGGUGCUGGCUAUUCGUUUCAUAGCAACGCACAUGGAUUUUCCUGCGACAAUGUUGCCAAUUGGGAAAUCGUCCUGGCCAAUGGAACCGUGGUCAAUGCUAAUGCAAAGGAACAUGCGGAUCUCUGGAAGGCGCAAAAGGGCGGCUCCGGUAACUUGGGUUUCGUGACGAGAAUCGACCACAUUGCCAUAUCUGGCAACCAGCUCUGGGGCGGCUUCACGCAGUACAAUCUUGACAAGCGAGACGCCGUCUUCGACGCGUACCUUAACUUUGUCGACAAGACCGAGGACAGCUCGCCGGAUCAAACCAUUCUUGCCUUGCUCUGGGACAACAAGAAUGGGUUCACCCUUCGCGCCAUCCUCACCAAUGCCAAUGGCCAGGCAAACCGCCCAGCCUUCAAGGAGUAUAUGUCCAUCCCCAACAUUGGCAGCACCGUAACGUCUGGUCCGGAAAAGGACAUAAUCCCCCAAUUCACCGGCCCUACACCUCUUGGUCAAUACGCUAACUGGUUUACCGCCACGGCCAAGCACAGCUUCAAGUCGCUCGCCGCCAUUGAUGAGUUACACCAUGCCCUCGUCCCCAAGCUGCAGGCCGCCGCGCCCAACGCCACCUUUAGCACGCUCAUCUUGCUGCAGCCGCUGACUCCCGCCAUGGUCCGGCACGCAGCCACACGCGGCGGCAACGUGCUCGGUCUGGAGGCUGUGGUGGCGGAUGGGCCUAAGCUCAACUGGCUCUUUUCCAUAACCGUCGACACAGAGGCGCACCAGAGGGCUCUGCUGCCCAUUGCGCGAUCUUUUGUGUAUACAGUCAACAAAAAACAGCGCGACAUGGGCACCUACGAGCCCUGGAUCUACGUUUCCGCACUACGGAGCUGA